AUGGCGAGCAUAAUAAGUGUCGAUGAAGGCUGCUUAAUAGCCAAUUUAUCAAUAUCAACCCCAAUUUCUCAAGUUUUUGACAUUGUGUCCUCAAGGACCAGCAUCAAUCGAAGUCUGCUUAUAAUUUUCAACACAAAUGGGAUCGUGAUCAACGAAAAUGCACCCUUGUCGCAGCAGAUCCCUGAAAACUCUUUAGCUAAUUUAUAUCUGUUUCGCAAAGACAAAAUAAAUCUAGAAAUUUGUGUAGAACGAAAAGAUUUUAGCUCGUUUAACCGGUACCCAAUUGACUACUACCACGAGCCAUUUCCAUUUUCCGAAUAUGAUGACUUUCCUUCCGGCUAUGAAAAAAUCCCUAUAAUAGAGAAUUCUUUAUUUAAGCUCUCCCAAAACGCCAGAGAAUUUUAUGCGAAAUAUGUGGUGCUAUUAGAGUAUCUUAACGAAACCAAGCAGAUGCUAGAAAUUAGGCUAGAAGCCUCUGAUGUUUUGCUGAAGAAUUUGCAGCUUUAUUAUAAAGAAAUCAAGCAUCAAUGGAAAAAUUUAUCGUCAAAAGCUCUAGAACUGCAAAAAAACGUAACUAUAAUGGCAAGCCAAUUCAACCCAAACCAGCUGCAGAGAUAUGGAGACCCUAUAGAUUCGCUGCUGCAAGAAGGGAAGUUUAAGAGGUUUAAUAGAGAUUUGCAGAUGAGGGUCAAUAAUUUUGUGACGAAAGUAGACGAUUUAAAUGGAAGCAUUUUGAAGCCGAUAAAGGAAAAUAUUAGAGAUGCAUCAGAAUCAAUUGAAAAGGUCAAGUUUACAGCUGACACUUUUUUUGAGACUUAUAAGAGCAGUGGGUUUGAGUCAAGAGAAGGCCUUUUUAUUGAAGGACUUUUUGCCUGCAGGCUAUAUAUGGAUUUUCGUGACAAGCUAGAAAAGGUAGUAGAUGUAAACCAUACGCCAAAGAGGGAACUGGCUAAUCAGCUGCUGAUGAUGGAAAAUGAGGUAAAUUCGUAUAAUGAAAGUCUUGUGCAGCUACAAAGAUGCUUAAAUGAUGUAAUUCCUUUAGAAAAAGAUAUGCAGGUUAAUGUAAAAAGGAUUGGGCAGCUUUAUGGCGUAAAAGUUGUCAGGAUGAUUGUAGAGUCUGCCCACAAGCUGAAAUACAGAGUCAAGGACAAGCUGCUUAAACUUAAUGAAAAAUAUGAAAAUUUGUUAAAACAAAGCGAAUUUUUAAAAGUCCCGUCACAGCUAGAAGAAGCCUGUGCAGCUGCCAAACGAGAAGUCAGAAACUCUACAAUGAGGUCGCAGAAUGCGCUAAACUUAUACUACCAGCUAUGCAAAACUCUAAUUGAGGACCAAACUCAAAGAGAAGAAUUUUUGGAAAGAUAUGGAAAUGUUCUUCCCAAAAAUGCAUUUCCAGAGCUGAUUCAGCCAGUCAUGAAAACUAAUAGACUUAAGCAUCUGCUGAAUAUCCCUGAAAACAUAGAUAUAAGCCAAGAAUUUGAAUUCCGUAGCACUCAGUUAAACAAUGAGCAAAUUAUUGCUCAUUAUGAAGCAAAAUUAGUGAAAAUGGAAAAAAAUUAUCAAAAAAAGCUUGAUGAGUCUAAAAAACAAGAAGAAAGACUGGAAAAAGACAUGGUCAGUCUAUCACACUCAUUGGUAAAGUCGUCUCGUGAAAAAGACGCAUUGGAAAAAUCAAUUAAAGAUUUGUCGACUGAGCUUUAUUUGUUGAAAGGAAAAGGCAAUGGAGAUAAGAUUGCAAGGAAUUUCCAAGAAGAAGUCAGGAAGCUGAGGGAAAGAGAAGCUGCAUUUAAGCGAAUGCAUAUGGAGAACCUAAAAGCUUUGAGGGAAGAAAAUAAUAAGCUGAAGCAAGAAUUAAAAGGAAAUUAA